AUUGUCAAUAACACGCUUGUUUCUCGUUUUCAAUCACAAACAAAUUGAGAAGUCAUGAUUUUUUGAAUAAGUAAUUAGCAAUAUCCAAUUAUUGUGUGGGUUGAAAAAAUGAUAGAUUGAAAUCCCUACAAACAAAAUUAAGUUAGUGACACAAUGUCGUCACCGCCGCCGCUUCCAACCCGUCAUUCCAACGGAGACAAUAAGAAGACACCCCCUUUAUCAAAUAUUGUGACCAGAAAUGGCGCAAGGAAGGCAAAAAUACAAACACGUGCAAGAUCGGCCGGAACUGUUAAAGCUUCGGCGUCUGUAAUUACAGCAAAACGAAAGGCACAGCAAAAGAAAAAAUCUACAAUAGAAACUGUUUUGAGGGACCAUUAUCAAAUUACAAUGGAAUCAAAGACAAAGGUUAAGGGGCCGACUGGUUUUGUCACUGAGCCACGGAUGGUGGAACACAAAUGUCUCUGGGAUGACAAUUAUCCAGAGAAUCCUGAACGACUUAUCAGUGUUAUUAAAAGGUGUGUUGAAUUGAAGUUAAUAGAACAAUGUAAAGAAAUAUGUCCAAGGCCUGCGACCGAGGAAGAGAUUUACGAAUUGCAUGAUACCUCAGUGUAUGAGAUGUUAGAGAAAACUCACAAGAAUAACAAUUUGGAGUAUUUGGAAGAACUAUCUUCGAGAUUUGAUGCAGUCUACAUUCAUCCAAGCACCCACGAGCUAUCCCUCCUAGCGGCGGGAUCCACAAUAGAGCUAGUAGACAACAUACUAAGGGGCGAAGUCCAAAACGGGGCUGCGUUCAUCCGGCCGCCGGGACACCACGCGAUGAGGGCGGAGCCCUGCGGCUACUGCUUCUAUAAUAACGUGGCCAUAGCUGCUAAAUAUGCUAUGAAGAAGUAUGAUUUGAAUAGGAUACUUAUAGUGGACUGGGAUGUUCAUCAUGGCCAAGCAACUCAGCAGAUGUUCUAUGAUGAUCCAAGGGUGGUAUAUUUCUCGGUUCACCGUUACGAGCAUGGUGCCUUCUGGCCCAACUUAAGACAGUCUAAUUUCGACUACAUCGGUUCAGGCAAAGGAGAAGGUUUCAACUUCAACGUGCCUCUCAAUAAGACUGGGAUGAAAGACGCUGAUUAUCUCGCGAUUUGGGAUCAACUGCUGUUGCCGAUGGCUUUUGAGUUCCAACCGGAGCUGAUCCUCAUCUCUGCGGGCUACGACGCUGCGAUCGGCUGCCCGGAGGGCGAGAUGCAAGUAACGCCAGCAUGCUACGCCACUUUAACCCACGCACUCAUGGGCGUGUGCCCACGUGUGGGCGUGGUACUAGAAGGCGGGUAUUGUCUUGCGUCACUUGCUGAAGGAGCGGCUUUAACACUACGCACUUUGUUGGGACACCCGCCUCCUAUGUUGGAGACACUUAGUGAACCUUGUGACUCAAUCCGCGAAUCGAUCCUCAAUUGCAUAUACGCACAUCGAAAACACUGGCGUUGUUUCAACUACCAACCCACAUAUAGUAUAGACACAAGUAUCAAGAACGUUUGCGAUGUAGACAAAGAGAAACAUACGGUUGUAGUGAGGUGGGAGGGAGAUGAAACUAAACCGGAGAAAUACGAAACCAGGAACUGUUAUCCGGUACAAGAUAGUGCGACGAAACGACAGAUAAUGGAACGAUUGGAGCAUUUGAAAAUGGUAACGGAUUUGAAGUUGGCACAGCAUCCCGUUUGUUAUAUUUAUGAUGAAGCUAUGUUGAAGCAUUUUAACAUCUGCGAACCCGGUCACGUGGAAUGCCCGCAGCGGAUACUGCGUAUACACGAACGGCACAUGGACUUUGGACUAUUGGAUCGCGUGCACGUGCUAUCCGGGGCGCGGGCAACCGACCGGGACAUACUUGCCGUGCAUUCUGCUGAACAUUUACAGAGGUUAAAAGACUUAUCAUCUAUGAAGCUCCGCGACCUCAACAGCAAGAAGGACACAUACGAUUCCGUAUACUUCCAUCCUGACUCGCUGGAAAGCGCUGCAGUUGCAGCUGGCUGUGUUAUCAAGAUGGUGGACGCGGUGCUAUCCGGGAUCGCCGGGUCGGGCGUGUGCGUGGUGCGGCCACCGGGCCACCACGCGGACAGCAGCACGCCGAGCGGGUUCUGCCUGCUGAACAACGUGGCGGCGGGCGCGCGGCACGCGGGGCGCCGCGCCCGCCGCGUGCUGCUGCUCGACUGGGACGUGCACCACGGGAACGGCACGCAGGCCGUCACGUGCGGGGAGCAUAGGAUCCUGUACAUGUCGCUUCACCGCUACGAUAACGGUGCAUUCUUCCCGCACUCUAAAGCUGCAAACUAUACAGCGGUGGGGGAGGGGAAGGGAGAGGGAUUCAACGUUAAUAUUCCGUGGAAUAAGCGAGGCAUGGGCGACGCGGAGUACUUGGCAGCGUUCACGCAGGUCGUGAUGCCGAUAGCGAGAGAAUAUAACCCGGACCUCGUGCUCGUGUCCGCCGGGUUCGAUGCCUGUGUGGGGGAUCCGUUGGGAGGUUGCAAAGUGACUCCCGAAUGUUAUGGUCUCAUGACGCACAUGCUACGUAGUUUGGCCGGCGGACGUGUUAUAUUAUGCCUAGAAGGCGGAUAUAACGUCACAAGCAUCUCCUACGCUAUGGUCAUGUGUACUAAAGCCCUUCUAGGAGACCCCAUCCAACUGCACUACGACCCCAAAGUAACCUGCCAUUGGUCGGCCCAAGAAUCCAUAAAUGACGUUAUCAGAGUGCACAAAAAGUACUGGAAGAACCUAAAGUUUCAAAUUGCGCUGCCGAUGGAGGACGUUCUAGAACAUUCCAAGGCGAAAGUCGCUGAUAAUGCGUGGGAUAUGUCGAUAGAAGAUGGUUUCGCGAAUUUGAGCUUAGAUAAAAAAUGUUCAGAUGGUAUUCACUGUGGGACAGACGAUGAAGAUAAUGCGUGUAGUUCGAAGGAAACUAAGACUCUAGUGGAUUUCUUGUCGGAGAAUAUGCAAGCGAUAGUUGAUGGGGAGAUGUUUGCGGUUGUCCCUUUACCUGGUUGUCCACAUUUGGAUAGUUUAUAUGCGAUACCGGGUAAUGUGAAAUUUGAGCAAGGAGUUAAGUGCGUGGAUUGUGAACAUACGGUCGAGAAUUGGGUGUGCCUCCAAUGUUAUAUUACAGCAUGCGGACGUCACAUCAACGGGCACAUGUCAGCCCACUACAACACAACACAGCACCCGCUAUCGCUCUCACUCGCGGAUCUCUCAGUGUGGUGCUACCCUUGUGACGCGUACAUAGACAAUCCGCUGCUAUACGACGCUAAGAACAACGCACACAGGUGCAAGUUCGGCGAGGAUAUGCCCUGGUGUUAUAGGGAUGGAGUACAGAUGCAGUGAACUUUAGAGAAACAUCGCGACUUUUUGGGGGGCUGGAUUUUACUGACUAAAGAUAACAAAAAAAAAUUGAAAAAAGAAAUAAGAAAUGUAUUGAAAUGUAAUUAUGUAAUAAAAUUUCAAACUACCUUCAAGCAAGUAAAGAAAACGUUUUAAGGAAUUUUAAUCUUGUCGCCCAUUUCCUUCAAAAGUCGUGAGCUCAAAUUAAAACUAAUAACGAAAUCUUUACACUAGUUGUAGACAACAAUAUAAGUUAUAUAUUCACACUGUAGUAACUAAAACAAUAAUAUUAAUUGUGUAAUACAACAAUUUUC